AUGUCUGCUGAAGUCGUCGGCCGCAAAGUCGGCAGCGUCGGCUACGGCCUUCUCGGACUGACCCCGCGCUCCGCUAUGCAACCCGAAGAGCAAUCCUUCGCCGCAAUGCGCGCAGCUCUAUCCGCGAACUGCAACCUCUGGGACGCCGGCGAAUUCUAUGGGCCGUCGCCUGAUGUCAACUCUCUUACCCUGUUGAACAAGUACUACGCCAAGUAUCCCGAGGACGCCGACAAAGUGGUACUGAAUGUUAAGGGCGCACUCCAACCCAACUUCGUCCCCAAUGGUAGCCCAGAAUUUGUGAGACAGAGCGUGGAGCGUUGUGUGGAGAUGCUGGGCGGGAAAGGCAAGAUCGACAUGUUUGAAUGUGCACGUCGAGACCCGAAUGUUCCGCUUGAGGCUACGUUAGCUACACUCGGGGAGCUAGUGAAGGAGGGCAAGAUCGGUGGGGUCGCUCUGUCCGAGGUGAGUGCCAAUACCAUUCGUGCGGCGGCUAAAAUCACGAAAAUCGUGGCGGUGGAGGUCGAAAUCUCCCUCUUUUCUACGGAACCCUUGUCCAACGGAAUCGCCCAGGCAUGCGCCGAGCUGAAUAUUCCAAUUAUUGCCUACAGCCCAAUUGGUCGUGGGAUGUUGAGCGGCCAAAUCAAAUCCUUCGACGAUAUCCCCGAGAAGGACCAUCGAAGGACGCUACCACGCUUCCAACCACCGAACUUCGAAAACAACAUGAAACUUGUCAAGCAACUUGAGGUUAUGGCCCAAAAGAAGAAAUGUACUUCAGCCCAGCUCGCCCUUGCCUGGGUCGUGAAUCUGUCGGAAAACAAAGGGAUGCCCACAAUCAUUCCCAUCCCAGGAGCUAGGACUGUCGACCACGCCAUCGAGAAUGGGAAAGCAAGCGAGGUGGAGCUGACCGAGGAGGAAAUGGCGGAGAUUGACCACGUGCUUGCAACUUGCGAGGUGGCGGGUGACAGAUACCACCCGGCUGGCAUGAAGUCGCUCAAUGGCUAG